GUCAAAUUUGGAGAAGAUUGCUUCCCAGCUUUGUUCGAGCUGGAGGAAUCUUUGACUCUUUAGCUGGUUGGUUCAAGAAUAAAUUGGAUGUGGCCGACUCGUUGGCUGUCCUUUUUUUCUGGCUAGCUCUGCAGUCCGCCACUGGCCUGUGUUCGUUAUUAGCCUUGGCUGUGCAGCAGCUUUCUCACAUCAGAAUCUGAUCUUGUUUUUUUGCGAGUGGCAAAAAGCAUCAACGAAGCUGCUUUCUGGUGUUGAAUGAGCUGAGCGCUGGCUGCUGUGUGGCAACGUUCAAAUUCUACACGAGUGAAACCCGGCGGUGCGCGCUGGACUGGUAAAUUCCCCCUGUUAUCAGGUGGCUGCAGCUGGCUGGCUGUUUGUAGAUUGCGGGGCGGAUGAGCAUCUCGUGGGUAGAUCUACAGGUCGUGCAUCCUCGGUGUCAUGCUCUGAUCCGCCAGCCCUUCAACUCUCAGUCGCCUGCACUGCACACAGCGUGUGUUACGUGUGCUGGCAGCGCUGCACUGUACUGGCACAUGGUGGAAGCGGCGCGGGUUGUUUUACACGAGCUGACACAAAAAAAUUCCUGUAGAAUAGAUACUGCCUGCCCUUGUGGAUAGAUCACUGAUGGCAUCGACAGCAGCUGCACCAGCAUCAGGCAAUGCUGCCGCCAGCACUGCGAUGAGCGGUUUUAUUUGCCCGAACUGCGUUGUCACACUGCCCUCGGCGGAGAAACUCCAGUCCCACUGGCUCGAGUUUCAUGCUGAGGACACGCCAGGUCAUCAAGACUUCACGCACGUACCGAGGCAAACCGAUCACGUCGCUAAUUCCAGAGGCAGAGAUUCUGUUUCGCCAUCUUCAUCGGCAGUACCGGACGGUGGUGAGCGUAAUGGGGAAAACGGAGUGAAUGGCAGUGGGCAAGGCACAAACAGUGCAACGUCGUCGAACACUAGAAGCACCGACAGUCCAGUGCAGGACCGUGGCCGCCAGGAGGCUCACCAGCUGAGCAAGUCGGUGCUGUCCAGGCCGCGGGCGUGCAAGGUCUGCCACCAGAUCAUCUGGUCGGACACGAUGACCUGCCAGGUGUGUUCGUUCCACUGCCAUUUGAAAUGCGUCGACAAGGACACAUCGCUGUGUGGACGUACCUCCGCUGGUCUAGUAUCGCCAGUUCGUGCUGCCACCGCUGCCAAAGAUAAAGCCGUCGUGAGCAAGAGUGCGCCGGAUAGCAGAGCACCGCAGCCGCACGAACCACGUGGUCUUGUGUCCAAAGUGCGGCAUAAGGUUGCGCAAGGACGGGCACGUUACAUCGACGAGUCGUUUGACCUGGACCUGUGCUACAUCACGGAGCGACUCAUAGCGAUGUCAUUCCCGUCGGCCGGAGUGGAGGCAACGUAUCGUAACAACCUGAACGACGUUGCGCGUAUGCUAAAACUCAAACACAAGGAAAACUACAUGGUGUUCAAUGUGUCGGAGCGUUCGUACGACGUGAGCAAGCUCAACCAUCAGGCAAGAACCCAAUAA